CAUAUUGAAAUGCUCCUUCCUCACUGCCUGUGAGACUGUAGCUUAGCAGCAGCAGCUAGCCACCACUCUGCCUUUUACAUCCCAAGCCUGACAAGAGGGCAACGACGUGAUGGAAAUUGACUCGCUUGAAGAGGCGCUCAGAGAUUUUGAUAAGAAAACAAAAAAGGAGCCAUCCCCCCUUUUGGAACAGUUUCUCUGCCAUGUUGCCAAGACUGGACAGACCAUGGUUCCAUGGUCUGAAUUCAAGAACUACUUUCUGUUUAAAUUGGAAAAAGUGAUGGACGACUUCAGAGCCUCAGCACCUGAGCAGAGGGCUUCUGCGAACCCCAACGUGGAGUCGAUUCCAUUUGAGGACAUGAAGGAGAGAAUCUUGAAGAUCGUCAAUGGAUACAAUGGAAUCCCUUUCACGAUCCAGCGGCUGUGCGAGCUGCUCACAGAGCCCAAAAGAAACUACACUGGAACGGACAAGUUUCUCCGAGGGGUGGAGAAGAACGUAAUGGUGGUCAGCUGUGUCCACCCCACUUCAGAGAAAAACGGCUGCAGCACCCUCAACCGGAUGAAUGGAGUGAUGCUUCCAGGGAACGCAUCCGCUUUCACAGAGAGGAAAGUAAACGGACCGGGAACCCCUCGACCGUUGAACAGACCAAAGGUGUCUCUGGCCAACUCGCUAGCAGCCAACGGUCUGCCAGACAGCACAGACAACACAGACCUCAGCACGGAGCAGGACGACAACAAAGACGCCACCAGCAACGUCUCGCCUUCAGAAGGCUCCCCGGGGAGCGCCGUGAAGAACAAACACUCAGACGAGGAGGAGGAGGAGGACAUGGAGGCUGAACACCAAGAGGUAAAGAGACUAAAGUUCUGCGAGGAAGAGGAGGACGAAGAGGAGGAGGAGCAGGAAGCGGAGGCGCUGAGGUCCUCAGACAGCAGCCACCACUCUAAAGAAGCUGAGGCCAUGGUACAAGAGGAGGAAGAGGAGGAGAAGGAGAGCGAAGCCUCCAGCACUGCUGCUGCCCCUGAGGAACAAGAACCAACCAGCAGCACGCAGGCGGAGACCUGUGAAGGCUCAAACCAGGAGGAGGGAGAGCAGGCCGAGAGGGAGGUACCGUGUGGUUCCGAGGAGGAGGGCAGCGACAUGGACCAGACGGACCAGCAGGCCCCCGCCAGCGUCCAGGAGAGCCCGGAGACCAGCAGGGACGGAGAGGAGGGCAGCAGCGACCCGGUCAGCAGCAGCAGUAGCAGCAACAGCAGCAGCUGUAGUACAGAGGAGGGGGCCGAGGCGGCCAGAGAAGACGUGGCUGUGGCCCCCUCCAGCAGUACGACUGAGCCUCCUACAGAGGGCGCCAGCUCAAACACUGAGGCCAGCGAGGAGCCCAUGGAGCAGGACUAGACUGAAGGCGGCCCCCUGCAGCCAUGUGUGACCGUAAACCAGCUCGUCCUUGAUUCCAGGCUCACUGUGACUGGGAGCUGGGAUCAAAGGCACCUCAAACACACGAUGAACACCUCGUCCCGCCUCUGGACACUCCUCCAAAAAUGGCUACCUGGCACUGAUGUGGGCUACAGAAAAUCUACCUUUAGUUUAAUUUUCCUCUUUACUGGAAUAUUUCACAGUUUUCUGUCGUUACCAGGCUGGGUUCAGCAGCCUUGAAUACGUUGGCUGGAUUUAAAAAAAUGUUCUUUUGUUUUUUUAUCAUUAAUUAUUAUUAUGUUCAGUGGGGUUGUUUUGAAUACUGUGGCGGUGUGGCUCAUUUUCUGGCCCACUUCCUCCGAUCUGCAGGCCGUUUGAUGCAACAGGAAGUCGAAACGGAGCCAUCCCACAGACGUUAUUAUUUAGGAGACUUUUCAAUUGAAAUAAAACCACUUUCGUUUGUUUUUUUUUGUUUUUAAAAGUGUCGGAGUCGUUAAUCCGCCUCGGUCCAUCAGCCAAUUCAUUCUUUUUUCCAAUUGACUUUGUGGUUCCUGUUAGCUGGGAAGCGUUUCUUUUUUCUUCCUCUCAUUUGAAGUAUCUUUCCACAGUGAUACACUACCAGUCCCACUGAACUAUAAAGACAUGCUACCUUGUAGAAGCGUCCUCUGUGAACUGAUGUUUUCUUGGAUGCCUAAAACCAUAAUUUAUGAUUAUUUCAGUUCCAACGACUUCUUCUGGAGUUGGUUUUUGGUUUUCGUCUGCCAGUUGUAGUUCCCAAAAAACCAGCUGUAAGUACAAAGACGGCGCGCUUUCUUUGUAUCGUGAUGUCACCGCGUUGUUUCACCGACCGACUGACCGACUCGAUCUCCAGUUUCUGGUUCCAGUUCUACACCUGUUUUCUGCAGCUGUACUUUUUUGAUAUUUAGAAUUUUAAAUUUCUGUAAAGUAGAUUUUUUUUGUAGAUUGUAAUACAGUAUGUGUUCACUGCCUUUGUGAAUCCAUAUAUAAUUGUAUAAUUUCUGUGUAUACUCUGAAUGCUUUUGCUUUCAGUGCGGUAUUCAGAAACAGCAAUAAAUGUUAACAUUUUUA